GGGUAUUUCUACAACCUUUGUUUGCUCCCCAUCUCUCUCGUGAGAAAGAAAAGACACAUCCGUGUCGAACCUCGUCGAGACGUCGAAUCGCCGGCGCCCCCGCCCCCGCCGCCGGUGAGGGAGAACCCGCCGGAACACCCAGUAAUCUCGCCGAGAUGUCGGAAUACAAGAACGUUGUUGGUGGGAAGCUGAGGCUCAAGGGGAAAGCGCUGGACGUAAAGGAAGGUGGAGUCAAGAAAAAGAAGAAGAAGCAUCAACGCGAGGAAUCAUCUCAGAUGGGGCACCACGAGCUUCACGAAGGUGGAAGCUCUGAAUUACCAGAGGAUCCUAACAAUGAGCCGACUGAAGCUGACAAGAUGGGAGAGGAAGAAGGGAACCCACAUCCUGACUACGAUCAUCUGACACCAGCCGAGCGACGUUACGUGGAACAGAAGCAGAAAAUUGACAUGCAGAAGCUGGCCAAAGUUGCCAACAAGUCGCACAGGGACCGCAUCCAGGACUUCAACCAAUACCUGGCAAACCUCAGUGAGCACUACGAUAUCCCGAAAGUUGGCCCUGGCUAACAGGGCAAAACCGAGUUUCACAGGAGCGCUUGUAUGCUGGGCCUAUCCAUCCUUCUGUUAGCAUGUUAUGCAUUAUCCGUAUGUUGUAAAACAAUCGGUUGCCACCUGGGAGACAGCAUUUUAUUUCAAAACCAUGUUUCAAGUAUUCUGAUUGUGUGCUUGUAAAUUUGAGGCCACAUUCGGUCUCCAUCUUGCCCCUUUCAGUUUAAUGGUUUAAUUUAGACGCUGUUGUUUACA